AAUGAGCUCGAGUCGCAGUAGCACCCAAAGCAGUAGACGUAGCUUGAGCGAGUUCUAUUUCUACAGCCAGGACAGAAUCCACCUGGUAAGGAUAGCUGUGGUCACCAUCAUGGGAUUUGUCACGUUGCUGGUGGUUUCCCUUCUGCUUCACGAAGCGGUGCUGGGCGACCAGAGGGUGGUGAAUUCUCAGACAAAGCACCAUCUCAUUGAUAAGCACAAAGUGGAAAAGGCGAUUCGGGGAAUGGCGCCGUUCAACAAAGAGUUGGCGAAAAGUGAAAACGCGACGUCAACAGAGUCACCAACGCCGAUUCCGCCGCCAGUAAUGCGAUAUAUGAUGCGAGACCCCGAGUAUUUCAAAAAGAUGAGGGACGGCUACUGGAAAAGAAGGAAAUCUUAUAUGUCCUCGCACAAAAGGAACGGAGACUCGGAUCAAAUGCCUUUCAGGCUCAACGUUCUAUCCCAGGAUUCCUAUGACCCGUACGUGUUUGGCGAGGAUGAACACAAAGCGAAAAAGAAAAAAUACCACUACCCGCAAGACUCGAAAAGCAUCCAGGACAUCAUUCACUUUUUAACGGAAGGCAAACGGGGUCGCUCGAACACGCACGGCCUGCGCUUCAUAGGCAAAGUGAAAAACUUGGACAUGAAGGACCCGUUCAGCAUGUUCCCAGGGGAAACUAGGCAAGAGUCGAACAUCGUUUCGACCAACCCAUUGGAGGAUUUUCGAAUGGCCGGAGACCCAAAAGAAGUUAAUAACGUUCUUUUGGGCUUUGGAAAAUCAAAGCAAAAGACGUUGGACUCGCUCGGAAAACCAAAGACCGUGAGUCUGAUGCUCGACAUCCACCCAAUGGGCCGCGACGAAACGUCCUCUCCGUCGCGGGAGCGGCCACGGCGACCGCCGAAACGGAGAUACCGCGGAAAACCUCGACCUCAAAAUUACCACAGUGACAGCAACUCGCAGAACAGGGAUGAAAUUCUGCACGGUCGACCGAGCCACCACAACGAGGUUUACCGGCCCUCCUCCUACCGGGGCGCAGACCACGACCGACCAAUUUCCGAUGGGAGCAAACCCCACCAAAUCAUGCUGCAUCUCAACUUCUUCCCGAGCCGAAAACAGGGCGACGUCAAUCUCAACCCGAGCAAGCCGGCGCCUCUAUCCGAUUUGGCGCCGUCGCCGAGAGAUGAAACGGUGCUCAAUUUCAAAGGCGACAAAGCUUUUAAAUCUGAUCCCAUCCCCGACAUUCUCAACGACCCCAACAUCCACAUCUUCAACCGUCACCGGUACGGCUCGGCCACGGCCUCCAAAGCCAAAGGCCAGUCCGUAAUUAGCAACGCUUUGCUCGAAGGCCAAUCAGUGUUCAGCAACCACCGGCCUGGCCAUAACGAGUUGAAACCGCAGCCCCAUCAGAGCUCACACUUCGACCACCCCACCUACCCUUUAACUCUUGAUGAUGACGAGUUGGACGAACCGGAGCCCAGGGACGCCGUUUUGCAAUUGUGAGGCAGUGAAAAUUGCAAUUAGAAUACUUUGUCUCGCGAGGAACGUGCGAAUGAAAGCGUCAUUUAAUGCGAGUCCUUUUAGUAAAAACUGACACUAAACCUUCUACUGCGUGUGUGGCUGUGCGAAAGUAGUUCAACGCUAAUUUCGCUCCGGCCCGAUAACUUUAUGGAUCUGACAACGCACUAAUGAUCUCCACGCUCGUUUUUGCAUUGCGCCUCUAAAAGGAAUCUCGUGUCGCGUUCUUCUCUAAAUUUAGUGUUAAAUUUAUGCGUGGAAAGUGUCGAGAGUGGAAAGUUGAGAAACGAAAUUGGCGUUUAUUUUGGUAUUGAGCGAAUUUUCGUUAUUUAUUUUUCGUUCACGAUCAGUAAUCUCCAUUGAUACAUAACAUCGCGAAUGACAGUAGGUUAAUAAUUUAUUUCAAUAUAAUAUAAUUAUUUC